UUGGAGGCUCGGGAGGUGACGUAGCUUCCCGCUUUGAGUUGCCUUCCGCUCGGCAGCUGUCGGGAGGGGCUCGAGGGACAUUUAGUGGGGCUCCCCGGCGCCUAAGCCCUGGAAAGCGCGAUGAGGUCGGUGAGCUACGUGCAGCGCGUGGCGCUGGAGUUUAGCGGGAGCCUCUUCCCGCACGCGAUCUGCCUCGGAGACGUGGAUAAUGACACGUUAAAUGAACUCGUGGUGGGAGACACAAGUGGAAAGCUGUCCGUGUAUAAGAAUGAUGACAGCCGGCCAUGGCUCACCUGUUCCUGCCAGGGAAUGCUGACCUGUGUUGGGGUCGGAGACGUAUGUAAUAAAGGAAAGAACCUCGUGGUGGCGGUGAGUGCUGAAGGCUGGUUUCAUUUGUGUGACCUGACGCCUGCCAAGGCCCUGGAUGCUUCUGGGCACCACGAAACCCUAAUGGGAGAAGAGCAACGGCCCGUCUUCAAGCAGCACAUCCCUGCCAACACCAAGGUCAUGCUGAUCAGCGACAUAGAUGGAGAUGGGUGUUGUGAACUGGUAGUAGGUUACACAGACCGUGUGGUGCGGGCUUUCCGCUGGGAAGAUCUGGGUGAGGGCACAGAACAUCUGACAGGGCAGCUGGUGUCACUCAAGAAAUGGAUGCUGGAGGGUCAGGUUGACAGCCUCUCGGUGACUCCAGGGCCCCAGGGUGUUCCUGAACUGAUGGUGUCUCAGCCGGGCUGUGCUUAUGCGAUUCUACUAUGUACCUGGAACAAAGACACUGGGCGCCCCCCGACCCCUGAGGAGGCCACGGAGGGCAGUAGGGAGACCCCGGCCGCCCGAGAUGUCGUGCUGCACCAGACGUCCGGUCGCAUCCAUAACAAGAAUGUCUCCACUCACCUCAUUGGCAACAUCAAACGUGGUGAAGGCCACGACCCUGAGAGUGGUGGCUCUGGCCUCUUUGCCCUCUGCACCCUGGAUGGGACACUGAAGCUUAUGGAGGAAGCAGAUAAGCUGCUGUGGUCAGUGCAGGUGGAUCACCAGCUUUUUGCCCUAGAGAAAUUGGAUGUCACAGGCAAUGGGCAUGAGGAGGUGGUUGCCUGUGCCUGGGAUGGACAGACAUACAUCAUUGAUCACAAGCGCACUGUCGUCCGCUUCCAAGUGGACGAGAAUAUCCGAGCCUUCUGUGCAGGCCUGUAUGCCUGCAAAGAGGGCCGCAACAGCCCCUGCCUCGUGUACGUGACGUUCAACCAGAAGAUCUAUGUGUACUGGGAGGUGCAGCUGGAGCGGAUGGAGUCCACCAAUCUGCUCAAGCUGCUGGAGGCUGAGCCAGAGUUCCGGUGCCUGCUGCAGGAGCUGGGCGUGGAUCCUGACAACCUCCCAGCCGCCAGUGCCCUGCUUCAUCAAACCCUCUACCAUCCGGACCAGUCACCACAGUGUGCUCCCGCAACCCUCCAGGAUCCCACCUAGCUAGACUUGCCCUCUUAGCUGAAGAAGGAUCCUUCUGAACCUCCCCCCCUAAGGUAUCCAUGGCAUUGGCAGGAUAGGGAAUACACACUACAGACGAGCAUGGACAGAUGGUGUCAACCGUAGGGUGACUGUGAACUCUAGACUUCAUGGUCUUUUUGGUGAAAGAAGAGACAAGUUGACCCUCUGCCCAUUUUCUUGUGUACCUCACCCAUCAUAUCGGCAGGGUUGUAGGACCCUGACCUUAUUCCACAUCAUCUGGGACUUCCCCUUCCCAAGAGCUCCCCACUCUUGUGUGGAAAACAGACUUGUUUGUGAGGAGGGAGCACAAAUCUUUUGCACGGCCUCAACACUUGCAGGGAAACCAGGCUUUGGGGCCAGUGGAGUGAUGAGGUAAGGGCUUCACCCCUCCCAAGCUCCGUCUGCUGUGGCACAAUGCCAAGUCGUUGACAUUAGUAAUUGUUACGGGAAUGACAGACUAUUUGUUUUGUUUUUGAAGGGUCUUUCAGGGCGUUUUACAGUCUGGUCUUACUGUGUUCCCAGCAAACCCUGAAAUGAUUUUCCUCUAUUUACCAAAGAAACUGGGCCAGCACUUUCUCCUUUGCCAUGUUCUUCAAGUAUUCCACAGCUUCAUAGGCUUUGCCUCUGUUUCCCCCCAAAAUGCCUUCUUGUCUAUAAGACAGUAGACGUUUAAAAUCUGAUGCAGAUUUAUGAUCCAGACCACAAUCAGAAUUGUAUGUUGGGCCAUUUAUUUCCUUUGUGCUGUUGGUUGUGUGUGUUAUAAAUCAGUGUUUUCAAAUU